AACCUAAAAAAAUAAACGCACGCGCCUUCCCUCCCUCUCCCUUCACUUUCGACUUCCGACCCCGUCCGCUCUCAUCGCCGUCGCGUCCCUCACCCUACAUCGUCGACGCUUGCCAAUCCCAACCGACGUCGCCACUUCCUCUCGCCCCUGUCACUCUUCCCUGUCAGCUGCAAAACGAUUUCACGCGCGGGGGUAGCGGCCCAAGCUGAUCAGAGUGGCAGCUACCUCUCUUCUUGAUCAUUCGGGCUGUCUUUGUCUCUCAGCCCUGUUGUUCUGGAAAUUUUGAAAUGGGAUCUCAAAAUUUUCUAUGGAACUUGGCUAAGAAGUAUUUCACUGUUGGGCUCGUGACCUUGACCAUUUCAGAUCGGUAUGCAAGUAUGGGCCAUGUUCGGGGUCUUUCUAUGUCACCCACAUUUAAUCCAAGAAGCACUAGUUUUAUGGGAUCAUUUUAUGAUGACUAUGUUCUGGUGGAGAAAUUUUGCCUUGAAAAUUAUAAGUUUUCACAUGGUGAUGUGGUAGUUUUCUGCUCCCCCACUAAUUACAAGGAGAAACACAUAAAAAGAAUAAUUGCCCUGCCUGGUGACUGGAUCAAAAUCCCUAAUUCAUAUGAUGCACUGAAGAUUCCAGAGGGGCACUGUUGGGUAGAGGGAGACAAUUCAGCUUCUAGCAUGGAUUCAAGAUUUUUUGGUCCAAUUCCUUUGGGUUUAAUUCGUGGAAGGGUCACUCAUAUUCUGUGGCCUCCUGGGAGAGUAGGUGUCGUUGAGAGAAGAAUAUCUCAAGACAGGCUCUCUUCCUACUGAUUUACAGACUGCAGGUUCUUCUUUCAGAGAACAAAUAAUUUUUUGGUUCAUUUCUUUGUGGGCAUUAGCCAAGCCAGCAUUGUUUUCUUGAAUGGGUGGUCCUGAGUCAUGAAAUGUUUUCACCAUCCAAGAGCUGCUGUAUUUGACAGAAACAGGGUUGUUCUUCCAACUGUUCUACUGCAAUGAGGGUUCCUCUUGGCAGGGCUUUUGAUUUAUUAUAGGGCAUUUGCCCCACGGCAACACUUUUUGGUUGGAUCAGUGAUUUGAGGCUGAAAUGUUUUUUCAACUAUUCUGGAGAUGAUGCUAAUUGUAGCAAACACCAGAGUAUGCAGUAAUUAAUGUAUUGACCACAGACAAAUUUGGAGUGGAUGUGACAAAAAAAUUGACUAUUUGUCAUUGUUUGAUGACAUUUCAACAGUUUUUGUUCUAAUAUUUGUGAGGAUGGUCAAAUGAUGUAAGAACUUGAUGUUGAAUGGACCUAUUUGUGAUUCAUUGCUUGAUGACA